AUGAGAAGAGUUCCCGAAGCUGAUCCUGAAGAUGCAUCAUUCCCAUCUGCUCAAUCAGCACGACCAGUUCUAUCACUCUUGAAGCCAUCUUGGUUUAUUCCUCGAUAUUUCAAGAGUUUAAGAUGGAUCGCUAUCGCUCUUACAUUCAUACUAGUAUCAUGGGUGACAUAUGUGGGAGUGUUUACUUCACCACUUGACCAUGCUCUUCCCAAUCGACAAAACUCACAGAUGCUAUCCAAAGCGGAUCUGAAUAGUCUUGCAGUCCCUCCACGCAUCUCCAAGCCAAGCACAUCCCGCCGCCUACGCCUCUUUAUGCCCGCCGACUCGCCUCACAUCAACCUCUGCAAAACCAUCAUGUCCGCGGUCGCAAUGGGCUAUCCCAUGCCCAUCCUCCUCAACUGGAAGCGCGAGUACAACCGACCCUCGUGGCACUUUGCCGGCAGUCACAUCGCCAAGCUUGAAAGUCUUCUGGGCGCUAUAGAAGUAUUUCUCGAGGGAACAGAGGGCGAUGAUGUAGGCGAGGACGAUAUCGCAGUGUUGGUGGAUGCAUAUGAUAUGUGGUUCCAGCUUCCACCUUCUGUUCUACUCGAGCGUUAUCAUGUGCUUAAUCGCGAGGCGGAUGCUAGACUGCGCAAACAAUGGGCGGAACUUAACAUUGGAGCUGAUUUCCCGAUAUCACCCCCACGGCAGGAUAUCAUCGUCACGACAGCAAAAGAUUGUUUCCCAGAUUUCUACUCUGGUUCUGAUCCUCGUUACGAACACUGGCCCAGCUCACCUAUGCCAGAGGACAUGUAUGGCGAAGACACAGACAAGGUUCCUUGGUCUUUCGAUCCAGCGCGCAAGUACAGAAAAGUUCGGCCACGAUGUGUUAACAGCGGUCUUGUCAUGGGUUCCAUGGGCGCCUUGAAGCAAGCUUUACAGCGAUCUAACCACAAGAUUGACUCAGUGGCUAUGAAAGGCCGUCAGCUUUGGAGUGACCAGGCACUUAUCGGCGAAGUCAUAGGAGACCAGGAAGUUUGGCGAGAGUGGGUGAAGCAUCUCGGAUCAUCGUGGAAUGGCUCUGCGGCUUUCAACGACAGAGGUUCACUUGACCCUGCAGUUCGUGGCGUUGCAGAUGCGGCUAUCCUGGGCCAGCAAUUUGAAUACGGUAUUGGCUUAGAUUACAACUUCACCACAGCUCCCCCAACUUGUUCCUCUGAGGAAAAUGGUUAUUUCGUCAAUCUUUCCAACAAGUCCAACGUCCGCGAAGAGUCUGAAAAGGCCGGCGUUCCAGGAGAAGUGCGCAUUCAGGGCGUACCACCUGAGUUGCGCAACGUCAAUGAUACGCUACUAUCCACGAUAGAUUGGGGUUCGAUCCCUCUGUAUACCGACUUUUUCUUCGGUACAACUCCCGUAGCUAUCCAUCACAAUGCGUAUGUCAACGGCCUCAAGGGAUGGAGACUCAAGAACUGGUGGGACAAGAUGUGGUACUAUCCUCAGCUACGACACCUCGUCACCCAGCGUCUAACGCCGAGUGCCGAUGCGCCCGCACUACUCGCAGAGCUGGAUCUUGAAGGUACCAAGAUUGUGUAUAUAUCCCCGAAAGAAGACGAAGAGUAUAGGAAAGCCAGGGUGUUUAGUCCCCUGAAACCAAACUUCACGCCCGUCGAGUGGGAUGCGGUGUGUCAGAAACAUGGCCACGGAGUGAAUUGGUAUGACGAGCUCUUCGGAGACAAUAAGGGUCCUCUUUCAAAACAGUAG